UUUCUUGUUCCCUCCUUUUGUCCCACACCCCCUCACUAAAAAUAGAGUACCCCUCCCAACACUUUUUCUCUAAAGGGUUGUUGAAUUUUUCUCCAUACAAACUCAAAAAUCUUGUUUUCUUGAUUAAUUGAUGAGAUGAAUACUAGUACUACUAGUGCUAGUAAUAAUGCUACUGCAAGUAGUGGAACAAAGUUCAUCAAAUGUGUCACAGUUGGAGAUGGUGCUGUUGGAAAAACUUGCCUUCUCAUCUCCUACACUAGCAACACUUUUCCCACUGAUUAUGUGCCAACUGUUUUUGACAAUUUCAGUGCCAAUGUCAAUGUGGAUGGGAAGAUUGUGAAUCUCGGACUGUGGGAUACUGCUGGGCAAGAGGAUUAUAACAGGCUUAGGCCUCUUAGUUAUCGAGGAGCAGAUGUCUUCCUGCUGGCUUUCUCUCUCAUAAGUAGGCCUAGCUUUGAAAACAUAUCAAAAAAGUGGGUUCCUGAGCUAAGACAUUAUGCCCCAUCAGUGCCUAUUGUUCUAGUGGGGACUAAGUUGGAUUUAAGAGAGGACAAGCAGUUUAGAAGGGACUACCCUGGUGCAUGUACAAUUUCAACAGAACAGGGUGAAGAACUGAAAAAGCAAAUAGGUGCAGUGGCAUAUGUUGAGUGCAGCGCCAAGACACAGCAGAAUGUGAAGGCGGUUUUUGAUACUGCAAUCAAGGUGGUUCUUCAGCCUCCAAAGUCCAAAAAGCAGAAAAGAAAACACAAAGCUUGCUGGAUACUUUGAUCAAAGUCGCUAGAACUGAAACGUUUGUACAUUAACCUUUUCCAUUUCCAUGAGAUGUUUAGCGAUGACAUCCAUAGAUUUACUACUUUUUUUUCUUUAUUUGCUUUAGUAAUUUUCUCAUAUCAUAGUAUGUGUGAUGUGCUUGUUGAAUUUAUUACUGGCUUGUACAUGGUUUUAUAUUAUGGAAAGUGAGAAGCUGUUUGUUUGUCAA